GGAGAAACUCAGGCCUCAGUAACUGGCAGUCGUUUGCGUGAUAUCGGGGUGAACUUAAAAAAAAUGUACUUUUCAUGCCUACCAAGAGCUCAACAAACAGCUGGCAUUAUUGAAUCUUUUUUCGGCAGUGUACCUAUAGAAGUUUCUGAUUUGUUAGAUGGAGGAGUUCCUGUCGCUCCAGAUCCUCCUUUAUACUUAUUUCAGUAUGACCCAGAGGUAUGUGCCGCACAGGAGAAACGACUGGAUGAAGCCUUCAAAAAAAUUUUCCACAGGCCUUCAAUAGUUGCCUCAUCUCAUAACUAUGAAAUUGUGAUUUCACACUCCACUGUCAUCCGAUACUUCAUCUGCAAGUAA